GUUGCGUCCCGCGUCGUCGUUGCUACCGGACAGUGCUUGUCUAAUAUCGAGCCAGGGGGGCUCCUCAGAUCAUGCCCUUCAGCCAGAACCUGCAUGGUCGUCUAAGCAAAUUCGAGCAAGACUUCCUCGUUUGGCUCGAGCACAAGUACGACACGCCGCCGCUUCCCGCCAGCAUUUUCAAGCAAGAACGAGUGAAGGAAGUGUUUGCGCGUCUUGACCCGGCUCGCAUUCCGGCGCACCCGCUGAAUCAGCGCGGUGCCCAAGCUAUCUCCGAGGCUCUACAGGCGUGGAGGCUAUGCUGCCAACUCUGCAUGGGCAUGGUUCGCAGCGGGAGGGAGUGCCUUAACACGCUCGUCGCGCACCUGGUCGAUGCCUGGCCGUGGGUGCUCUUUCUUCUACCAGGAGAAGGCCAUAUCCGGGACCUUCCAGGAUCCGAGUUCGAAACGGCCGAGUUCCCCCUGCAGUCGGACGGCACGGUCGCUGUCACUGCGUACAUGCGCUAUAGGAUCCUCCUGACGACGUACAUCCUCUUCCUCGACAACCCUGCUUCCGCUCCAAUCAUCCUCUCUCUCCCACGCUUCAAGGAGGUGUUCAUGUCGUUGCUGACAUACGACUGGCCUCGCGCUGCGGCGGACUUUGUGAACGACUUUGUGCACGCUCUGAUGAAGCUGCUCCACAGCAGCAUCGUCGUCAGGCGGGGGGCUCGCGCGGGUAUGCCCAACUCCACGGACAUCCUUGAGCACGAGAGACGCCGGCCGUGUGCACUACUGCGCGCCGUCUUCCAGCGCUCGCUCUGGUUUCUCAAGACGGGAACGAUGCCUGGCGAAUACAUUCGCAGCUACUCGGAUCUGGUCAUGCACCUAUUCGAGGACCGCGAACUCGGGAAGAAGAUGUUUGCCAGCUUCCGCCGCUCGUCUGGAAUAACCGUACUCGUCGAGACCCUGCUUGCCUCUGUCCCCCAGAUACGGACCGCCCGCGACGUCCAGAAACUCAAGGAUAAUGUUAACGCACGGAUAGUCAUUCGCUGUGCGAUCAGCACUCUCGACUUCCUGCUCAUGGACCGCGACUCUGACCGUCAUCUCGCCGAAGCUUUGGAAGCCGGCCUGCUCGUCGUCGUGGAUCGGCUGCAGACUAUCGUCCCUGAAGGGUCAUACGACGACUUGAACUGGCGUAUGAGCGGAGAUGGCUGGCUCAAUAUGCUGUUUCCUGCGAUGAUAUGGCCCGACGUGUUGCGCGCCUGCGGCAGGCAUCACGUGUUCGAACAAAGGCCGGUUGACGAGGCGUCGACAACGAUGUGGCCUUCUUGGAAGGUAGUUGCCCGGCGAUAUGCCAUACUCUACCCACGCUACAAGGUGUACAGAAAGGCGCUGCAACUGGCAGGACGCCAAGGCUGCUGUAAUCUGGAGGUAUAA